CAGCGCCACCCGCGUCCCCGCAGUGCCACCAUGCCCUCGCAGCUCGAGCACGCCAUGGAGACGUUCAUGUUCACCUUCCACAAGUACGCGGGUGACAAAAACUACCUGGCCAAGGACGACCUGCGCGCGCUCAUGGACAAGGAGUUCCCCGGCUUCCUGGAGAACCAGAAGGACCCCAUGGCGCUGGACAAGAUCAUGAAGGACCUGGACCAGUGUCGCGACGGGCGCGUCGGCUUCCAGGGCUUCUUCUCGCUGCUGGCCGGGCUCACCAUCGCGUGCAACGACUACUUCGUGCUGCACAUGAAGCAGAAGGGCAAGAAGUGAGGGGGGGCCCGG